AUUUGUUCAGUUUUUAUCAGAGGAGAUCAAAGAGCAGAGAUCGACGCUAUUCUGUAUUCAUAGACUUGCCAACUUUAGCCUUACAGUUUUCUUACAGAAUGGGUAAUGCAUGUUCCUGCUGCUCAAAUGCCAUUAGUCUUCCUCAGGUUGAAGUUGUGAGCCAUCUUGAUGAAACAAUCUCUUUCAUUGAGAUGCGCUUGGACGCCAUUUUCAUUGACAAGCCGCAAGAGGGCACGUCUGUAUCAGUGGCUACUACUAUUCCAGCUGGAGUGGCUUCUUCCGUCGAGUAUGGAUCCUGCUUCUUGCAGAAUGUAGUUAGACGUGUCAGGAAACAUACUUGCAAGAUAGUGAAAACCAACCACGACAUUCAGAAAGUAGUUAUUUAUAUGCUGAAAGAAGCAGAUCAAGUUCAGUGGGUUGGAGCUGCGCUUGGUGUUGUGGCCUGCGUGUUAGACCAACUUCAAAUGGACAAAAUCUCUACCAAUGCUUGGAACGAAUGCGUUGACAUUUUGUGCUUCAUGUGUGGCGUGGCCAAACACAUUAAGCGACGAAUCGACCACUUAGUCUCAGAAAAGCUGAAUGAUCUGGUUGUUUUCAUUGUAAAAGGAUCCAUUUUCUGUAUCUCACGAAUGCAAUCUACCAAUGUCCCAAGUUCUUAUUCUGCCCUAGUGGACGAGGAGGAGAUCAAGAGUCUUCCAUCCCAAUUGAUCAACAAUUAUCCAGAGCUCGGACAUGAUGAAGAUGACAAGCAGCGUGCUUUUGAUUUGCCUCUUUCAAGUGGCCUGGAUGAAUUAAUGUCUUAUAUUGAGAAAUGUUUGGCAAAAUCCACAGCCACUGACAAGGCAGAAGAGAACACGUCUCCAGUGGCCUCUUCAAUCAAGUAUGGCAGCGACUUGCUGAGGGACGUACUCAAACGCUGUAAAAGAUAUGCUUUCAAGAUUAUGAGUGGUGAAACAAGGAAAGUAGUGAUAGAUGUUGUGAAAGAAGCAUCUCAGAUCCACUGGGUAGCAGCGGGGCUUUCAGUGGUAGCGUUCGUAUUGCAAAAAGUAGACGAUGCUUCCACUAACAAGGAGGAAUGUGUUCAAUUUUUAAAACAUAUGUAUCACCUAGCUACACACAUCAAGCGACUAGACGGACAGAUAUCUCAAGAAAAGCUUCAUGAUGUCGCUGAAUUCAUUUUCAAAGGAUCAUUUUUUUGUGUUUCUCGAAUACAAUCCAGCAACCUCUCCAGGAUUUUCUCUUCCUUGGUGGAUGUCGAGGAGAUAAGGAUGCUUCAAUUGAAGCUGGGUCAGGAUUAUCAAGAUUUGACUUUGGAAGCCCUAACUGAAGCUUUGCUUCGAAUGCCUAAAUCGUUACCUCCUUCACAGGGCAAGAAUCCCGAUACAGUGGGCAUCGAUGAGUCAAUAAAGAACGUAACAAACUUGUUGGGCAUGGACGACGAGAAAGAUGUAUCAACCAGAGCUGUUGUGGUUUAUGGGGUUGGGGGUAUGGGUAAGACGACUUUGGCGAAUGCUGUCUUUAGCUCUCUCGAUCUCAAAGCCUACAAAUACUGCCAUCUCAUCAUCAAACAGGACUGUUCAGAAGAUGAUCUUCAGAAGCUUCAAAAGCAGAUUUUGAAAGACUUGUUCGGCCAAAAUUUGGAGUUGAGGAAUUCUGAAGAGGGUCAUCAACAGAUCUCUAAGGUCUUCAGAGAAGCAGCACAACCUCUAUUUCUGUUUAUAGACAAUGCGCUGAAAGGCGAUGAUCUUGCCAAAAUUCUGCCAGAUGACUUAUCAAGCAUGCCUAAGCGUAGCAGAAUGCUUGUGACCACCAGAAAGCUGGACGAGACUGACAUGCUUGCAGACCAGCCAGAUAUCAUCACACGCCGGGCAUUUCCUAUAAAUUCUCUUCCACACGAAGAGGCAAAGAAGCUAUUGUCAAAAAAAGCUUUCGACAGUCCCUUUGGAACUUUUCACGCAAGUUCGGAUAUCGAUGGCCUGCUGGGAGCCUGUGGUGGCAUACCUUUGGUGUUAAAUCUUGUUGGCACAAGAUUGCGUAAACAUCGUAACGAUCUGUUCGCCUUAAAUAGCACCAUUGAAUCCUUCAAGGAUUCGCUGGGAAAAGGAGAAAGCGAAUUAACUCAAAAAGUAGUGGAUGUGGUGUAUGACAGUUUGCCAGGGGAUCGAUAUAAGGAUGCUUUUCUAGAUAUAGCAGCUUUCUUUUCUUCCUGGAGGCGGCACAUUGUGAGCUAUAUUGUGGGUAACGAUGAGCUGGUGGCGCUGGAAGACGCAGCACUGGUCAAGAUCUCUGAUGACAAAGUAGAACUUCACGAUGUCGUCUUAAAACGAGGAAGAAAAUUGGCAGAAUCGGAUUAUAGAAUAACCGAUAGCCAAUCUCUGGCUGAUAUUAUUGAAGAUACACAGAGACUUGAGAAAGUGAAAGGAAUUUGUCUUCCAUAUAUAUCCUACCUUGAACCGAAAUUCCAACUUCAGGCAGAACAUCUGGAUAAGAUGCACAAGUGUUUAAAAAUUUUGUUUCUUAGAGGGAAAAUAAAAGUCAAUGGAACAUGCUCCAGAAAAUUUGAAAAUCUUAGGUAUCUGACAGUUGAUGAUCAAGAUUGUUCACCGAUGGAGUUAAAGAAGCUUCCGAGGCUGUCAAUUUUCGAGGGCUGCUUAAGGAGUGAGGCUUUGCCUCAUUCUUUGCGUUGCCUAAAACUGUACAGUUUUAUAGAGCUCACUUCCUUGCCUAAUACGUUUGGUCAACUGAUCAAUUUGGAGCAGUUGACUUUAAGUAACUGUCUAGAGCUGUCUAGUUUAUCUGAUAAUUUUGGACAGUUAAAAUCUUUGCUUGAUCUGAAAAUUAAGAACUGCAGAAGUUUGGAGAGGCUUAGUGAUACCUUUGGUCAACUGAGCAAUUUAAGGCAGUUGAGGAUAUCAGAUUGUGAAAGCCUGUCUAGUCUUUCUGAUGAUUUUGGACAGUUAAAGUCUUUGCUUUAUCUGACAAUUUUUAAGUGCGAAAGUUUGGAGAGGCUUAGUGAUACCUUUGGUCAACUGAGCAAUUUAAGGGAGUUGUGGAUAUCAGAUUGUGAAAGCUUGUCUAGUCUUUCUGAUGAUUUUGGACAGUUAAAGUCUUUGCUUGAUCUGCGAAUUGACGACUGCGAAAGUUUGGAGAGGCUUAGUGAUACCUUUGGUCAACUGAGCAAUUUAAGGGAGUUGAGGAUAUCAGAUUGUGAAAGCCUGUCUAGUCUUUCUGAUGAUUUUGGACAGUUAAAGUCUUUGCUUGAUCUGACAAUUUUUAAGUGCGAAAGUUUGGAGAGGCUUAGUGAUACCUUUGGUCAACUGAGCAAUUUAAGGCAGUUGAUGAUAUCAGGUUGUCCAAGCCUGUCUAGUCUUUCUGAUGAUUUUGGAUCGUUGGCAUCUGUGAGAAUAAUAGACGCAUCAGGGUGUCCUUUAUUGGAAGGAAAGGUAGUUGACCAGAUGAUUGAGCUGAAGAGCUUGAUGCUUUUAAAUAUCUGGGGAAGCCAACAGAUGAUAAACCGUUGGAACAAAAUAAAGGACGGGCAUCCUCAAUGUGUAGGGACGGGAAGGAGGGGGAUGGUGUUUAAAUCCCAUGCAGGUCUUUCAAAAAAGGACUCAAAGAAGUUUCUGUGUUGGAAGGCUUUAGGCAGUGCUGACAAGUUUUUUGACAAAAGCCUAGCUAUUGAUGGUCUUCUGAGAAUAUGCGGCGGCAAUCCUUCGGUGCUGGAGAUGAUAGCCUCAAAAUUGCGUAAACAUGGCAACGAUGUCCGCGCUUGUGAAAGCACCAUUGAAUUUUUUAAGGGUACCCUAGCAAAAGGAAAGGGGGAUUUAAGUAAAAAAGUAUUCGAUAUGGUCUACAAUACUCUGCAAGAAAAUAUGUACAAAGAUGCAUUUCUAGAUAUAGCAGCAUUUUUCUAUAACUGGCCUGAAAGGACUGUGGGUUACAUUGUUGACGAGGUGGCGCUUAAAGCCAUAGAAGAGGCAGCCCUGGUGCAGAUAUCCGAGGCAGGGAGAGUGAUUGCCUACGACAUCGUUCAAGCGCGCGGGAGGAAGUUGUCAAAAGCGGAUAGAAUAACUAAUCCUCAAUCCCUCCACAGUGCUCUGCAAGAUAAACAGAGACUUGAGAAAUUGAAAGGAAUUCAUCUUCAACAGAAAUAUGUUGAUUUUGAUCCGGAAUUCCCACUUACGGCAGAACAUCUGGAUAAGACGCAUCAGUGUCUAAGAGUCUUGAUUCUUAAUAUAGGAAAAAAAGUCACUGGAGCAUGCACCAAGCAAUUUGUAAAUCUAAGGUAUCUAAAAAUUAAUAAUGGAUAUUGCUCACCGAUGGAGUUAAACAAGCUUCCGAGGCUGGCAAUUUUUGAGGGUCGCAUAAGAAGUGACGACAGUUUUCGCGACUUACCCCAUUCUUUGCGUAGAUUGAAGGUGGACGCUUUAAAAUCCCGUGAGUUGGAUGAAAGUUUUGGUAAACUGUCUCGUCUGGAAGAGCUGGAUAUAUCUCAAAAUGAGCAUUAUAUGAAGAGGCUUCCACAGAGCUUUGGUCAACUAAAAUCUCUUCGUUGCCUAAAAUUGUGCAGUUUUAGAGAGCUCACUUCCUUGCCCGAUACCUUUGGUCAACUGAGCAAUUUGGAGGAGUUGAAUUUAAGUGAUUGUACAAACCUGUCUAGUCUCUCUGACAAUUUUGGCAAACUGAGCAACUUGAAGAGGUUGAAAAUAAUAAACUGCAAAAACUUGCCUAAUCUUCCUGAUGGUUUUGGUCAACUGAACAAAUUGAAGAAGUUAGUUAUAACAAAUUGUACAAACUUGGCUAGUCUUUGUGAUAGUCUUGGUCAACUGAGCAACUUGAAGAAGUUGGUUAUAGUGAAUUGUACAAACUUGUCUAGUCUUUGUUCUAGGUUUGGGCAGCUGAAGUCUUUGGAAUAUCUGAGAAUUCGUGGUUGCCGAAGUCUACAGAGGCUCAGUGAUGAUUUCGGAUCAUUGACAUGUGUGGCUGCAAUAGAGGCAUCAGGGUGUCCUGCGUUGGAAGCAAAAGAAAUGGACCGGGUGAUUCAGUUGGAGAGCUUGAUGGUGUUAAAUAUCUGUGAAAGCCAACUAAUGAUAAAGCGUUGGGAAGAAAUAAAGGAGGGACACUCUCUAACUGUACGGACAGAAACAAACAGAUACAAUCCGCUUAUACAUUCAGUGUCAAGGGCAUUAUUUGGCAGGCAGAGCAGAUUUCUGAAUGCUGAUGGAGUGGUGAGAGAGUGGUCGUCCACCUUCCUGGCGGGUGAAGAAAAAAUUGCUUUGCUGGUGACAUGUUGUGAUCUAUGUUCCUCGGCAAAUGAGAAGGCUUGUCAGAUGGUGAAGGAGAAAAUAGAGGAGCUUUCUUUUAAAGAUUUGAACCACAUAAUGUAUGUGGGAUUAAUUGAGCAAAGUGAGGAAAGUAUUCGCCAGACUCUCCGCCAAUUAUGUCAGGGCAUUGAGGGUGGUGAUUCUCUUUCUCUUUGUGCUUGGAUUCCUUCCCACUACAAAUGGAAGCGAUUAUUUGGCUUUUCUGCAUGCUGCAUGGCGUUGAGGCCUAUGGAAUCAUGGCGAGUACAUACCUUUAUUGCCGAGGCACAAAUCUCGUCUAGCGAGCAAGGCAAUCCACAAGUGGAAUACUUGGAGCAAAUUUUUCCCGAGGACGAGGACGAAGACGAGGACGAGAACGAGGACGAAGACGAGGACGUGGACGUGGACGUGGACGAGGACGAGGACGAGGACGUGGACUUUACCGAAGACGUGGACGAGGAUGAAGACGUGGACGAGGAUAAGGACGAGGACAAUAAGGAUGAGGACGAGGAAGGAGCAAUGACAGAUUUGGGAGGUGGCUUCUCCAGUCUAUAUUCGCAGUUGCAGAAAACUUUUAUCUUCUCCAUUCUCUAA